AUCACAGGUUGCAAAGCUCGUUGCCAUCACCCGUGUUGGUCAUGCAAGAUGCUGUUAAACUGACUUCUCACUGUGUGCUGCUUUUUGUUCUUUGGUCUCAGAAGGGUUAUGGAGCAGUUGAAGGACACCUAUGGGAGGCUUUAUAGGGGUGCUAUGGGCACACCUGCACUUGGUUGGGCUGAUGUUACCCCACAUGGAGUUCAUGGUAAAAAUGCUGCCCUACAUCCCCCCCAUUUUUACCCCAAUCCAGGCCCCAGAUCUUCCUAUGGCCCCAUGCCUCCCUGUGGAUACAGGCGGCUGUGGGCUCUGUGAGCUGCUGGGGAGGGUCCGUUGGGUCUGAGGGCCGCCCCUUCUGCCCUGGGGAGUCAGAACGAAAGGAGCCCCCUGACAGCACCGACCGGGCUGCCAUCUCCGUAUGGGGGGAGCUGCCGAGGAGCUGCCUCGGGGCAGGGAAGGGGCAAAUCCACGUGCAGGGGAUGCUCGUCCCGGGGCUGGAAGGGACGCGGCCGUUGGGGCGUGAAGCACGAGCUGCUGCGUGUGCAGCCAUCAGCACUUUGUGCUGCAGAAGCGAGAAAUGGCCGGGAUGGGCUGGGAUGGAGAUGGAGAUGGAGGCUUGUUCGAGGAGCUGUAACAGGAGCUGGAGCUGCAGCACAGAAGCUGAGCUCGGCUCCUUCCGAGACCACAGUUUCCUUCCCAGCGGCUGUGGGUGCUGAUACGGGCCCUGUCCGGGUUCUGCUGCCAGAACGGAGGCGAAGCAGCAGGAGAGCGGACGGCGCGGGGUCAUGGCCGCGCGGUUCCCCGCUCUGCUCCCGCUGCUGCUCGCAGCCCUGCAGCCCACGUUCGUCCCCACGGAGCCGCCGCCGCCGCCGUGUCCGUGGGAGAUGAACAAGGUGAAGGACAUCGUGGAGGUGAACUGCAGCGGGCGGGAUCUGGGCGCGGUGCCGGCCGGGCUGCCCGAGGACACGGGCAUCCUGCUGCUCAACGCCAACCGCCUGCCGUCCGUCUCCACCGCCGCCUUCCAGCCGCUGCCCGCCCUGCAGGACCUCGACCUGUCGGACAACGGGCUGCAGGCGCUGCACGCCGACGUGCCGCUGCCGAGCCUCCAGGAGCUGCUGCUGUCCCGCAACGCGCUGCAGGCGCUGCCCGCGCUGCGCUUCGUGCCCGCGCUCACCCGCCUGGCCCUGGCUCACAACCGGCUGCGGGCUCUGCCCCCCGCUGCGUUCCGCGCCGUGCCGGGGCUGCGGGACCUGGACCUGCGGGGCAACGCGCUGCGGACGCUGCCCGAGGACGCGUUCGCGGAGCUGCGGGCGCUGAAGGACUUGGACCUGUCCGACAACGGCCUGGAGGAGCUGCCCGCCGGGCUGCUGCGGGACCUGCAGCAACUGGAGACGCUGUGGCUGUCGGGGAACCGGCUCCGCGCGCUGCCGUCCGGCUUCUUCCCCGAGGGGCACCUCUUCGCCUACGUCUUCCUCGCCGACAACCCCUGGCACUGCGACUGCGGCCUGGUCUACCUGCGCUCCUGGAUCCACGGCAACCAGGUCAGCGUCUACGAGGCCGAGCGCAGCCUGGGGAAGGUGAAGCUGGAGGUGGCCCCGGAGAAGGUGCUGUGCCUCAGCCCCCCCGAGCACCGGCUGAAGCCCGUCAUCCGCUUCAAGCCCAACUGCGGCCACGUGGGGGAUGCAGAAGAGGAAGAUUAUGACGACUACGAUGAGGAACCGGCCCCUGUAACCUCUCUCGUGAACUCCUCGCCCCCGACGUAUCCACCCAGCUCCAAAGCGCCCACCACAGCCCCACGCACUCCGACUCAGCCUCCUCUCACAUCCAUCAUUCCUCCCCUCUCCACGUUCGCUGACUCCAGUCUUGCCCCAACUUCUUCCCUUACCACCCCUGCGAGCACCACAGCUUCCAACUCCCCCCCUCCUGCAUCUGCCGGUUCCACCAUCCCCAGCACCACGCAGCCCCCCAGCACUGCCCCUGCUCACACCGCUCCCCCCAGCCCCCCGCACAGCCCCGUCUCUCUGCCACCUGCUCCCAGCACCAGCAGCCACACACAGAGCCCCCUCCCAUCCCACACUGCCAGCAGCCCCCUCACAACAUCCAUUGCAGCAUUUCCUGCCGGUCCCUCAGCGCUGCCUUCCCCCACCAACACUGAGGGCACUUCAGUCGCCACAUCUUCACCUGCUGCUCUGACAUCACCCACCCCGCUGCUCCCCAACACCACAUUUUCCAUUCACACCCCUACGUUGUCUGCUCCCCUGGACACCACACGCGUCCCCCUCCCAUCCCCUCCACUCCCACCUCCCCUGCUCUGCCCCUGCUCAGCUCCAGCACAGGCUCCAUCCGUGCUGCACUCACAGUCAGGUGUGAAGGUUCUGCACUGGGAGCACUGGGUGCUGAGCCGCUGCUGCCUCCUGCGCUGGCUGCUCUACCUGGCCUGCUUGGCUCUGCUGCUCCUGUCUGUGCUGCCUUUAUCUUGCUGCCUGGCGUGGCUGUGUCUGACAGGACAACACAACCCACUGCAGCCCCAAGAGAUGCAGCAUCCACUGUUGAGGUGGGAGAAUUCAGCAGAAAGUCAUACCACGCAUCUCAGCAUCUUCCGCAGCCCCCACCAGCGCUCCACGUUCUGUACCACCAAGGAAGUGGAGCUGCGCCCUGAAGCCACAUCCUGCACUUACUGCACAAUUAAAGACCUGGGGGUGCAGCGCAGCCGUCCUGCAAAGUCCUUCUGCACCACGAAGGAGCUGUGGAUCCGCCACAGCCCCCUGAAUGCUUCACCAAAUCCUUUCCCUGUGGAGCUGACGGCCACAAAGCUCAGCUCACGUCGGAGCCCUUCUGCUCACAGCCUGGGCAGGGGGGUCAGCGCUGUUGGGGUGAAAUACGCUGCCAACACCUUGUAAAUGCUCCUGUACCUUCAGAGCAGGGGAUGGGGCUCCCAGCUCUGGCUCACGUCUCCCUGCUACACAGCAGGAAGAUCUCACCGCAGAAAGGGAAAGCAUCCAGCUCCGUGUCCUGGCACUGCUCUCAUUCAUUGUGGUUUCUGGAUCUGAAAUGAUUUCUGGGCUGUUUGGCUGGGGUAGGAGUUGUCCUAAAGCAGAGUUUGGGGCCGAAAUGCCAGGUUUUGGGGGCAGUGUGUAACAGCAGAGCUGGCUUUUUCACUGUGUGCAAAGUGCUUCUGCUCCAAUGACACACACAGAUGCAUCGCGCUUCCAGCUCAGAGGUGGGUUAUUAAUCAUGGAAUAGUUGUACAAUAAAUAAAACUUUGCCCAAAUUCCA